GUCCAUUUCCUGUUUACAGUUUACAGUGUGGCAAAACCAAACUAUAGUACGUUUUUACCGAAAGAAAGGUCUUACCGAAAAUCGGUACUUGAAGUUCAGAAAAAAGAAUGCUUCAUUGUUGUCAAACGCUCUUAACGUCUUAGAGGGCUUGUUUUCUGCUGAAAUGCCUCAGAAGAAAUCACGGAAAAAAUCUUCGGGAUCAAAGAGGAAAUCAAAGCGGAAAAGACGCUAUUCUUCGUCAUCAUCGUCCAGCAGUUCUUCGUCCAGUUCAUCAAGUUCUAGCACAAGUAGCAGUAGCUCAGACUCUGACAGUGGUGACACACGUAGAUCUAGGACUAGUUCUCAAAGUCAAGGACGACCAAGAACUCAGAGUAUCUCAACGUCGUCAGUGAGUAGCAAAGGAACCAGGAAGUCAAGAAGUUCUGUAAAAAGUUCUAAAAAGAGAAAACGAAAGAGGUCCUCAUCUUCAUCCUCGUCUUCAUCAUCAUCAUCACCCCCUCCAAAAAAGAAAAAAAAGAGGAAAGCCAAGAAAAAGAAAGAUAAAAAGAAGAAGAAGAUUCAUCCUGAGAAAGAACCAGAGCCUGAACCUGCCCCCUUAAACGGAAAACCUCCUGACAUCCUUACUGGACCUAAGGCUGGUCCGAAACCUAGGACAAUGACACCGAUGACAAAGGACGAGUGGGAACGACAACAAAGUGUCGUUCGUCGUGUCUAUGAUGAUGAGACUGGGAGAGAAAGGUUGGUGAAAGGAGAUGGCGAAAUUCUAGAAGAAAUUGUAAGCAAAGACAGGCACAAGGAAAUCAAUAAGACUGCAACCAAGGGGGAUGGCCAUUCCUAUGCAAAACGAAUGGGUUUGUUGUGAGUUACAGAAUACUUGAAUGGAUCUUCCAGCACUGCUGCACAAGUCAUUGAGUGGAUAAAUGGCAGGACGUAUGUGAAGCACUGGGCUUGUUCAAAGUGCUGUUGGUUUGCUGUGAUGUGCCAGUACUACAUAAAUUAUUAUCCAAGCAGCCCUUUGACUGACGUCAUGUUAAGUGAACCACAAGCAACGUACAGUGGAUUCCACUUGAACUGAACAAGGUUAAUCCGAAAACAGCGGAGAACUGAAAGAACAUAAAAUUCUAGAUUUUUUCUUUGUCUUGGUAAGAAGGCUAUUGGUAAACCAAAAUGCUCCCCUUUCUAAACCGAAAAGAAUUUUUAUGGUUAUGUUAACAAAAUCGUCAACAGCAACCAUCAAGUAGUCUAGCGGAAAUUAUCAUGUCCAACGGAGUGGGUAGCAAAACAACAGAAAAAGACAUGAGAAUGUGCGUGUGUCGAUUGGCCGGCUAGAGAGAAGCAUCGCUUCUGUACUGUUUCCCUAUGUUUAUCACAUACAUCAAUGGCCCUGCACACUGUAUUUAGGCCUAGUGAAGCAAUGGUAGUGAAUUUACAUCUGUCGCGCAACCUUAGUUUGGUCAUGACCUAUUUUCUCUGUGAAGUUAGUUCAUGUGGGCCAUAUAUCUGAGAAUGUGAGGGCAUGUUGUGUGUUUUAUAACAUUACUGGCAUUGAGUUUUUUUCAUAUCUCUAGACUAGUGCAGAGCAUAAAACUGUGUGCUUAUCUACUCUUUCCUCUGUUUUGUGUGAUUGUUUGUUUGAUAAAUCAAGCAGGCUGACAGUGUCGAAGAGAAGCGCAGUGUUGCUCAAAUUGUUACUUAAAGAGUUAGAUAAGAAGAAAAACUUUCAAACAGUGAAAUUCAUCGCAGGCACAGCAUUCCCAACUCUACGCUGUUGACAAUGAUAGCUAUUUAAGCAACCCUCUCAAAACUGAAAUCUCGGCUAAACCAAAGGAAGUCUGGUAGUCCUGCAGAUUUGGGUUGAAGUGGACGCUACUGUGCGAGUACUGGAACAUUAUUAUUCAAUGUUACCAUUUAUCAAUGUUUACUGUACAUUGAAAUGGGUCCUCACUCAAAGUGCUUGAAUGGGAGAACUGUGGUGUACCUUUGACACUUGACUAAAAGUUCUCAUUUAUGCAGUAACAGCAGACAUAUUAUAUAUGUUGAGUUUGCAAAAUGUUUCAGGUGAUGACCUAUCUAUAGAUUGCAGGGGAUGCUUUUUAAAGAUUGGCCUAUCUUUUACCUUGUGUGAGUUAUGUGUGUAUUAUAUAUUAUACAUGUGCAUGUUUCUCAUUUUCGAAGGCGUUAUGCUCUGACUGUGUAACUUGUUUCUUGAAAAUUGUUUAACAAGCCAAAAAAAACCUUUGGAUUUGAAUUAUGAAAAAAGAUACCAGAUAUAGAAGUCAUCCGACGGUACUUUAUACUACAGCCUAGCACAGACAUAGCAAAAUUGAUGGGAUGCAGAAAUCUUUUCAUUAUGUAUGAAUUUUGUAGGUAUGUGUUAUAAAUGCAAAGAAUUUAUAUAUAGUAUACAGUCUAGCAGCAGGCACAUAGCGAAGUUGAUGGGAUGCAGAAAUCUUUUCGUUAUGUAUGAAUUUUUAAUAUGCGUGCUUUAAUUUUAUAAAUACAUAGAAUAAUGUAUGAGGAAAAAUUCGGGACCUGAAACUUAGCUAGCUAUGUAAAAAUUAUAGACUAUAUAUCUCAUUUUCAAGGUUGUUAUAUAACUUGUUUCUUGAAAGUUUUUUACUCAGU